AGACACCUUCAUGAUCAGGCUGCAGCAUGCUGGAGUUGAGCGAGCAAGUGUUCCUAGAUGAUGACGAGUAUGCGAGCAGGGCGCCGGCCUCGCCCACCACCGUGCCCAAUGUGCGGCCCUACAGGCCCCCCUCCACAGGCUCGAACAUCCUAAAGUCGCCUCGAGCGCGGCGCGUGCGCACCACGUCGAUGUCGCAGCCCAACAAGCGCACCACAGCGGAGAGCAUUCUGCAUGCUGAUCGCCGCACCAUCUACACCGCCGGUCGCCCGCCCUGGUACAACUGCACCGGCGGACAAGAGGUCGAGCCCUUCCUCAUCGGUAUUUGCGGCGCGAGCGCGUCGGGCAAGACCACGGUCGCCGCCAAGAUCAUAGAAUCUCUCAACAUACCCUGGGUCACUAUCGUCAGUAUGGACUCCUUUUAUAAGGUCCUCAACGAGAAGCAGCAUCAGCAAGCGACCCGCAAUGAAUACAACUUCGACCACCCGGACGCGUUCGACAUGGAACUCCUCAUCAGUGUACUACAGAGACUUCGAGAAGGGAAGAAAGUGGAGGUGCCCAUCUAUAACUACGUCACGCAUUCGAGGGAAAACCGCACGAAAACCAUGUAUGGCGCGAACGUGAUCAUCUUCGAGGGUAUUCUUGCGUUCUACAACGCUGAAGUCAACAGCAUGCUGGAUAUGAAGGUGUUCGUCGACACCGACGCAGACAUCCGCCUCGCAAGGAGAUUGAGGAGAGACAUAGUGCAGCGCGGGCGCGAGUUGGAAGGCGUAUUGAAGCAGUACAUGACAUAUGUCAAGCCUGCCUACCAGAGUUACAUCGCUCCUUGUAUGGCGCACGCGGACAUUAUAGUACCAAGAGGAGGAGAGAACAAAGUCGCCAUACAGCUCAUCGUGCAACACGUACACAAGCAGUUACAGCUGCGCGGAUUCAAAGUGAGGGAGAAGCUUGCCAUCGCUCACAUAGGCCAGCCGGUGCCAGACUCGCUCUUCGUCUUGAAGGAUACGCCCCAAGUGCAAGGUCUCCACACGUUCAUCAGAAACAAGGACACGCCUCGCGACGAGUUCAUCUUCUACUCCAAACGGCUCAUGCGCCUCGUCAUAGAGUUUGCGCUGUCCCUGCUGCCUUAUUCCGACCACAGUGUGGACACGCCGCAAGGCUUCAGUUAUAGCGGCCGCAAAUGCGACGUGGAGAAAAUCUGCGGCGUAUCGAUCCUGCGCGCCGGCGAGACCAUGGAGCAGGCCGUGUGCGACGUCUGCAAGGACAUCCGCAUCGGCAAGAUACUCAUACAGACCAACCAGCAGACCGACGAGCCGGAGCUAUACUACCUCCGGCUGCCCAAAGACAUAAAGGACUACCGCGUGAUCCUCAUGGACGCCACCGUGGCCACCGGCGCCGCCGCCAUCAUGGCCAUUAGAGUAUUGCUCGACCACGACGUGCCCGAGGACCACAUCAGCCUCGUGUCACUGCUUAUGGCAGAGAUCGGCGUACACUCCAUCGCCUACGCCUUCCCCAAGGUAAAAAUCGUAACAUCAGCUUUAGACCCGGAGAUCAACGAGAAGUUCUACGUGUUACCCGGGAUAGGCAACUUCGGCGACCGCUACUUCGGCACCGAGCCCGCCGACGACGAGUAGCAAACCAAACAGGUACGUUGUGACGCGGAAAUAUAGGCGCACGAUGAGGAAGGCAAAACAACACCAGUGGGCCUAAAAUGCGCGCCGUGAUAAGCUUUUAUCGACGUCAAAAUAUAUGGGCAAAAUCGAUAAAAUGGCGUGAUAACCGCUUAUCGCGGCGCGCAUCUUAGGCCUACAGUAGGCCUAGAAUGCGCGUUGUGAUAAGCUUUUAUCGUGCCAUUUUGUCGAUAGGCACACACAUUAGUCGUGUAAAAUCAUCGAUAAAAUUUUAUCACGGCGCGCAGACUUGUCUGGUAUGUUGUAACGCGGAACGAUAGAUAUAAUUGCAUAGCAUCGUUGAGGCUAGUCUUAGAGCCAAACUAUCCACAAAAAGAACACUAUCUCUAAAGCUACAAGUGGGCGGCGACAAAGAAACGAUAGGCAGGAUAUACGCAAACAUCAUUAAGGCGUAGUGUGGUGAGCCAUGAUGUUCACAAAAAGAACACUAUCUCCAAAACUAGAAGUGGGCGGUGACAAUUUUUUAAAUGGUGUCGUGUGCCUAUAUUUUGCGUCACAACUUUACCACGAAAGAUCGUGAUGCUAACUUAUCUUACUCAGUGGCAAAACAUGAUUCUGGCAUUCAACUCGGGGAAAAUACGUAAUCGUAAAUUUGAUGAGAUGUCACACUUGUUUAUGCCACUCAGUCAGAUGGAACCAAAAUAUAACUGACAAAAUUGCGGUGGAUGCGACGAUGACCCAAAUCACGUAAGAUUUUUUUAAAUCUAAAGUCAGAUCUAUCGAUUCAAAAUUAAAAUAUACAAAAAAAGUGUUUAUUUAUGU